AUGGCCUCUUCAACACUCUUUGACUAUCUGCGCGAUGAUCCUACGGUCAUUAAUACCCUUGUCGAUUUGUCGACUCCCCCAGCUCCUGCUUCAGAAACGGAAUGGAUCUCGCUUUCGAAUGAAGCAGACAAUCAAGUCAUGCAUGAGCGCAAUACUGCUGUCGAGGAUCCAUAUCAGAUACGGGAACUAACCGACUUCCCGGUUCCCCUGUCGACUGCAAGACAUUCCAUGCUUUCCGUCGUCAUGGACUUCUGUAAUUUCCUGACCGCAUAUCCCAAGUCACAUCCCGUGGGGUACUCAUAUGUGAUAAACACCAAAGCCGCUCAUCCGCAUCUGAUCAAACAUCCCAUAACAUCAGUCCAAUACACCAGCUACCUUGUUGGAUCAAAGAAGCAAAUCUAUUGCACGUUUCUCAACACCCGAGUUGAGAAAUUUCACUACCGUUGCAGUGGAGCCAAAGCAUGCGAGUUCCUUCACGAGGAACUGAAAAGCCUCCACCAUACCGAAGUCUCUGAGGAGAUGUUUACCAAAAUGGCCAAUCUCCGAACAUCACUCACUGGCUCUAAAGCUAGUCCCCAGCAGCGAGCGACAUAUAGGCAAGCUCUCGAAGUCUGGAAGCUAGCUUAA